AUGUCAAGUAGACUUUUAGCACGCACACGGCCAAGGCUUACGAACACUCCAUCCCUCAGCGAAUCUUCAGAUCCUGUGGUAGCAUCUGUUGUGCACACAAUUUCCUUAUCAGGCCAACCGACAAGUCCAGAACCCGAUCUACAUGACAUCCAUAGUUCUCCCACAACAACCCUCUCUGAUCUAAUUUCAAGACGGAUACAGGCAGAUCUUGUAAGUAAUUCUGCGCAAAGUGCUGUUUCACAAGCAUUACGAACAGUUUCAUCUAUGUCACCCAUCGCUCCCAGACACACUAUGACUCAAGACAAUUCUGGGAUAUCGGAUGCAGUGGUUGAUAUCUCAAUAGCUAGAACUGCUGGAAACUUGCCUCCGUGGCAUCAACACUAUAGAGCUGGUCCAUUAGAGCUUCUUGCUGUUCCUCACAACAAGACGCGUCAGCCAGCAGACAAGAUACCAGAGGAUAUUGCCCCCUCUGUUCACCUCAAUCACCACGAUGUACUAGAUACGAAAUUUCAGCGGCCAAUUACCGCUAAGUAUCUUCCCACCGCGGGGGAAAGUCUUGCCGAGAAUAAUGAGACCUCAUGUAAGGUCCUUAACGCGCAUACACCUCCUGGUAGAAUGUUUCCACAUGCACCCAAUCAAACUCCACCUCCAUAUGCGAUAUCACCGGCUUUGAACAAGGCUGGGAUACAGGAGACUUUAUCGUCCUUCAGCAAUGAUAGUGUAGAUCUCCCUGGCGUCAUAGCACAUGUAGAUAGAGACACGAAAACUGUACCUUUACCCACUGGUGCUGGACAAGUACUGAGCAUAACAAGAACAGUUUUAGCCAAUCGGAUACCAGCACCUGCAGCUAUUCAGCCGAGUUACUUCGAUCGCGCCACAAGUUCUCCAUCUAUUGUACCUUCUGGUAUCAUUCCUGUCAUUUCUAAACCAGAGCUACUACCUAUGAUGCCAUCUGCUAAGUCAGCUCCUUCAAUUGAUCAGCGGGAACUAAAUCCAAAUGAAUCCGCUACAUCACCAGAUAUCGUGGAGAUUGUUUCAGUCAAAAAUUCUUAUAACGAUAAGCAGGAACCAGAGCCGCUGAGUGUUCUCAUUCAAAAAGCCAUACUAAGACAACACAAAGAGAAGCUGGAUAAGGCUCCAGAUAAAAUGACAGAGAUAGCUGCUCGAGCACAACAGAUGAAAAACGCUUAUGAUAUAGAAAACAGAUUGUCUCAACCUGCCAGCGUUUUGACGCCAUGUUUUGGACAAGCGAAUGAGCAUCUCUCGUCGGUUACAUUCUCUAACUCUAACAGGGAAUCUAACUCUAAAACUGAUCAAUCUAUAUCUACGACCCAGACAUCAGCCAAGCCAAAAGUUAGCACGAAGUCUAAGAGAAGAUCAAGCAAAAAGCCCUGCUCCAAAAGAUCCUCUAGUACAGAGAGCAGCUCUUCGUCAUAUUACUAUUCUAGUUAUUCUGAGGAUAGCAAUGAAAAGGUAAAGUGGCUAUCUCUGGGUAAGGACCUUGCCAAUUAUCCUUUAUAUGUAACCAAAUACGCCCCUUGUGGGAAAUGCCAACAUAAGGCUGGGAUAUUAUCAGGUAAUCACCCAAUAGAGUGUGCCUCUGAGGCUUUGAAGCAGGUAGAUGCACAGCCUCCUCCCAGCGACUCACCUUCCUUAGAGCCGCAAUUGAACUAUCUACAUAGAAGCUCUCUUACCAGGAUUGCUCCAAAAGAUAUCACACUGGAAGCAUCACUUCCCUCUGCUCAGCUAGUUGUUCACCAAGCAGCUCCACAACACUCAUACGAAGAUAACUGUACUGGCGAGCCGGUCCAUGCUCAUCAAAUAACACGCCUCCAGCACACUAUAGCGCAGAAAAGAACAUCUGCAAAAGAGUCAGGACCGCAAGCUAAAGAGAUAAUCGUUACAGCUAUCCGUCGCCCUGAAGUAGCCCCUGCCUCUAACACACCAAUUGCUGAUAAUCUGGCCCAUGCAUCUAAUCAUAUUGCACCUACAGUAGAUCUGAAUUAUAACGCUAGCGGCUUUACGAUUCAGGACCCUGAUAGUACAGAUUAUAACGAAGUCCUUUUCGUACUCUCACGAGAGAAGAGUAGUGCAUGUAUUGACAGCACACCUAGCUCCACUCCAUACUCUACGAGGGGGCGGCUUCCUCCACGAACAGUAAAGGACUUGUCACCCCCUAUAUCAACGCCUGCCUACAACUCUGCUUCCAUUCAACAGGAGGUUCCUAACGUUUCAAAAAAGGUUACACCGCAUCAAGCACAGCCCUCUGAAAAGCACUCUAUAGAUAGUCGGGAAGAAGUUCAGGCCAUUCUUGCCCACCCGUUUCGUCCCAGCGGAGCUCCAAUAGUCGCCAAGCCUGUUCCCAAAACGCCUUCUGAUCUCAGCUAUCUCUCGUGCGUAAAUAACAUCAUGGACCUGCACUCUGUCUCCGCUGUCAGUGACACACCAGAGCGUUUUCAGCACUACCACAGCGACUCAUCCAUUAUGGGCGGGUCCUUACAGCAUGCGUCCUCCUAUCUGUCCCCUAACCAACCAUUCUAUAUUGCAGGAGGGUUAUUUACGCCUGACAUGCGGGAAGAAACCUUUUCUAAUCUGGAAGAGGGGGAAAUCCCUCCAACUUACCAGCACAUUCAUGAGAGAUUCCUACCCCCUAGCUACACCUAUGUUUCCCACAAUCCGACUACUAGCUCAAUCCCUUCUGUCGAAGGUGAACAUGAUAUCCCUUCGUUGGUAGAGCUUGCGAACUGUUCCCUGACGCCAGAAGAAGAUCUGGUCCUCGCCAAGGCUAUGGAGGCGCUGAAUAUCUAG